CAAAGGUAUUGUGCGAAAUGCGGCGAGAGCUUCAGCACAGAACUGGACCUUAAGAAGCAUUUGAAGCAGCACGCUAAGGAGGAGCGGAAGAUGAAGAAGAAAGUCGUCAGGUGUGAGGAGUGCAACCUAACAUUCGGCGUGGCGCGCUCGUACUCGCUCCACUACCAACAAGUGCACCUCCGCCUGCCUCCAGCGACCUACCCCUGCCUGUCGCGGCCGGCGCUGGCUAUAUGCGACGUCUGCGGGAAGAAGUGCUCGUCGGCGGCGGCGCUCCGUAACCACUUACGGAUACACACGGGCGAGCUUCCAUUCCAGUGCAGCGAGUGCCCCAAGCGGUUCCGAGUCAACGAGCGAUUGCAAAUCCAUCGGCGUAUCCACACAGGAGAGCGGCCAGUUAAAUGCAGUUACUGCCCCAAGGCCUUCCGGCACAAGGCGCAACUCAUCAGACAUGUUCGAGUGCACACAGGAGAGAAGCCGUACCCUUGUGCCCACUGCGGCAAGUCUUUCUCUUUGAACUACACGCGGAAGGCGCACAUACGCACUGUGCAUAUGGGACUACCUAGCGGGGCAGGGGGCCCCUUACCGGAUGUCUUUUAUGGCGCCCCUCCAAGUUUGUAAGCGAUCCUUAUAUUUUUUAGGGCACCCCUUUGAAGCGAUUCUACUGAUUUUGUUUGUAACUCAAACCUUCUAUAAAUGUCCCAUUCCAAUUUUAUAAUAACGGUGCCCCUUCUCUUUAACUAUAAAAUUUUGUCUAGUUCCAUGGGCCUUUCAAAUUUGAGCCACAUCAUUUAGAGCCAAUUCGUUAUGCGAGCCAAAAUGUUAGUAGGCGCCCCAAUAUGUAAAUAUACGGGCGCCAAACUUGAUGAUAACGACGAACGAAGCCGGAAUAAUGUAUCUUUAGAUAUGUAGUAGAUCUGUUAU